CCUUCUGGUUGUUUUCAUGGGGCAAGGCGCGUGCGCUGCCGGCCGGGCAGGCAAAGAGAAAGCCGCGCAGGCGUAGUGGCCGCUUUUUGAACUAGGGUAGGGUAGGGGUCCGAGGGCAACCUGUGCAGGUGCAAACCACAUCUGUGAAGUACGGAGUUCAAGAGUAGAUAGGAUUUAUUCAACAAUGAUGAAUGCAGAUAUGGAUGCUGUUGAGGCUGAAAAUCAAGUAGAAUUGGAAGAAAAAACACGACUUAUUAAUCAGGUUUUGGAACUCCAGCAUACACUUGAAGAUCUGUCUGCAAGAGUAGAUGCUGUCAAGGAAGAAAACCUGAAACUGAAAUCAGAAAAUCAAGUUCUUGGACAAUAUAUAGAAAAUCUGAUGUCUGCUUCUAGUGUUUUUCAGACUACUGACACAAAAAGCAAACGAAAGUGAAGGGUUGAUGACCAAACUUUACCAUUGUAUUGCUGCUGCUUUUGUUUAAAUUUUAAAUUGCUUAAGACUACUUAGUUUGUAGCAUCAUUGAAUAUUUGAAGAUCUAAUGGCAGUUCUAGACUACUUUAAAGUUUUUAAUGAAAUACUGGAAAAUGCAAAUCUGUAGUGUGCAAACAGUGUGCAAAGUAAUGUGGGGGCACUAUUUAUUACAUAGUCUGAAGACAAGUACUUUUGAAAUUCAGCUCUGUUUUUGUUUAAUUAACAUGUCACACACUGCCAAGAACUUUAAAUAUUGCAAUUUUUACAGUGGUACUAUUCACUAGCAAAAUAAUACAGUGUUGUGUAGACUAAUGUGAAAUCCUUGUUGGAAUGUGUUAUUUGCAUGUCUUCCCCUUGGCUCAAAAAGAACCUGUCUCCUUUCUUCUCUUCACCUUUCUCAGUGCUAUUCUGAAUUCUUCCAGAUAAAAGCAAAUUGUUUUGCUUUUUGAAUACUUUAAAGCAAAAAAGUAAGGGUGUAGUAACAUAGUAUGACAGCUUGCAAGAUCGUAAAGGGGAACAAAACCACUGGAAAACCUGACACAACUCUCGUGAAUGGAUAGUUUGUAACUUUUCAAAAGCAAACUUGCUUUAGAGCGUAGUACACAAAAAGGAACCAGGUUUUCGUUCUUUACAGUGCUGCCAUCUUUCGAUUGUCUUCCCCAGUUUCCAGAAGAGUUAGCUGCAUGGCAAUACUUCCUUGCCAUCUGUAAUGGUCUUUAAUGAUACACGUGUCUAAGAAAUAAUGUUGUAAACAAUUAGAAGAUAUCAUGUCGGGUUUUUUUUACUUAAGAAUGGAUGAAUUUGAGAUAGAGAGAUUCUGUAUAAUUCUUACUAAUUGUUGCUAGGCUUUAGCUGUUACAAAUGGUUUGUCUUUCAGAAGCAGAAUCAAGCUAGGGUUUUCAGAUCAUGAGGCAUGCAUCUAAAGUAGUAUUAGCUGUUGCUAGAGAGAGUGUCAGAUGCUUUUCAUCCCAAUGUCAUUCAGUCAGAUUAGUACCAAUAUGAUUGAUGAGUGAGUAUGCAGGGACAAACAAGCAAAUCAACUGCAUGCAUAUAUAGCUGCAACCUCAAGUCUGUGGCGUUAUACAUUAUAUGAAGUAGAUAAGACAUGUGGGCAGAUAUCUCAUGUUUAAAACUUAAGAAUAUAAGUAGCCAGGAGACAAGACUGUUUAAAAUGGAAUAACUUCUUGUUUGAUCUGGUUCUAGCUUUGUUUGGGAUCUUCUUGCAGCUGUAUCCUUACUGCUGGUUUAAGAGUGAAGAAGUUGAUUUCUGUCAUAAGCAACAGGUUACUUUCCUCCUUGUGGACAAGUUUAUAUACCCAUUCUUAAGUUUGCAGGCCCAAAAGGCCAUAAAGGACACCACAAAGCAGUAUCAUCAUCUUCAGUAUUCACUUUUAUGUAGCACGUGUCGAUGGUAUCCUGGGGUUCCAUCUGUCAGUAUUGUAAGUAAUGAAGCCAACCUAACUCUGUAAGUAAAGGUGCUAGAUGGCAGCUAAAAUAUUCCCAUUACUGGGAAUAUUUUAAUAGAUAAAUAAAGCCUUCUGUGGCAGGACAGAGAUUUAGGGUGGAAUCGUAUGGCCUCCAGAGAUGGUUUAGGGGGCCAUAGGAGUAUUUGGUGUCUUGGAGUCAGGACUUCAGAGGUCCAGCCCCACCCUGUCCCAUCUCAUAGCUGGUGUGAAAAGAACUGCACUGGCUAUCCAUUAUCAUCCAAAGUUGCAACUGGGCCUUGGAGGGGGAGAAAGGGGGUAUACUGGGGCCAUGGGGAGGGAAGAUGCUUGGACCAAGGACUUGUAUCAAUUCCUGCCAGCAUCUCUCUCCUUCCAUAUUCCUCUCCAGUGCUUUAUCUGGACAGUUGAAAACAGUCAUCUAGGUAAAACACUCAAUGUGAGUUGCAGCAGUGGUGGGGAUUGCUGCUGCUGCACCCCAUUCUGGGCACAGGAUGCAAGUAAGUCUUUGAUGUGUAUUUAGGGCAUAGAACUUCAUGGAUGGAUGGUAGGUAGCAUCUAGGCAAGAUGAAUUUAAACAAACCAGUGUGACUUGCUUCUAGCUUUAUACCUUCAGGAAGCCAUCUACCCAAAGAGCCUUUGCACAUCAAAAUAGGAAUUGUGUUUUGAAAAUGGGGCAUGUUUUGGACCACAUCUUGGAAUGGCAGAGUAAGACUGAGUGGUGCCUUGUAUAAUUUCAUAAUGCUUAACUGAGGAACCUUGGCAUCAUUAGUAUAGGGGUAGGCAAUCUGGUACCAAAUGUGUUGGGCUAUAGCUCCCAUAAUCCCUGUCAUUGGCCAUGCUGGCUGUGGCUUAUGGGAGUCAUGGCCCAACAUAUCUGGAGGAUACCAGGUUGCUUAUUCUCAUUUUAGAAUAUACAUGGAAAAUGUUUCAGGUGGUAUGUGCCUUCUGGCUACUGUCUGCCUCUGGUAGUGAAUAUUGAAAACUAAGGCAAGGGGCAGAGUUGGAAACAAGCUUUUUCAGUGUAUAAAUCCCUUCUUUCCAAUUUUAGUUGGGUUUGUGAUGGCUCUGAAUUAGCCUGCCUACUUAUCAUUUUCUCUUUCUCUCCUCCUUGCCUAGCCUAUCAAAGUUGUAGAGAAGGUGGACUGAAAUAUAGAGUUGUUUCCUUGCUCAGCAGUGAAGGCUUCUAAGCAAGCUCAGAGCUGCUGCUGUGAACAGUCAUUCUAGCGAGUGUGUGCUCCACUCACCCACACACAUGGCUCUCACAUACUCUGAGCAAACGGAGCAUGAAAACCACUCAAAACCAUAUUUUACUUUCUUUCCUUUACCCACAGUUCGGUCAACUUGGGAAAAGUGGUUAGAAAAUCAGGGAAAAUGGUUAUGAGGGUGGCCACUUAGGUAGAACUAGUUAGGAAAGAAACUCAGUUACGUGACUGAAUUGUCUGAGAACUGAUCUUUCAGAGGCUUUGGAUAUGUGGUGAGGAACAACCUGACUUUUCUCAGAAUACUCCACAAGAAGGUGGAUUUUGCACAUCACUAAUGUCUUCAAAGUCCACUAGCAUCUGGGUAUUAGCAGAGGCUGGAAGUAUACCACAAGCAAGAGAUUAUGUGGCAGGCACCAACUUGUUUUCCAUAGGAAUUGCUUCUCACACUUCCAGUAUAGCAUCGGAUUGAGCAAACAGCUGUGUGGGAAGAUGCCAUCUAGAUAUGAGGGGAUGGAUUGUUAGUUACUGAAUUUUGGUGUUCUAGAUAUAGUUGGUACUGUGACGAAUCCCACUGUCGUGGCCUUUGUCCAACUAAUUGUGCUGUUACUUCAAAAUUUAACACUAAAUAAAAAACUUUCAAAUUUA